GCGAGUCCUCUUUUUCUUCUCUUUCUUAUCUAUUAUUUGCUUUUUGGUGUCGUGCAUGGAUUAUUUUGCGUAAUUAAGUUUGAGGGCAGCAGGAAUGUGAGGUAAAUGUCAGCUUCUCGUAUGAAUAGCGCUGGAGUGAUUUACUUAACGUGUUUAGUCUGUGCAGAAAGAGACUUUUACUCCAGAAAUGCCCUUCGUUCAACUGUUAAAAACGAUCAUAUUGUGUAUAAUGUUCCUCCGUUCAUAAAAGAUGAGUUGAAUACGGAGUUGUUCAGGACAAAUAGUUUCACAAAUGAGGGAAGACAUGACUAGUAAACUGUGAGGAGGCUUUUGUUACCACAGAUCUGUGUCCAGGUCAAACUGAAGACUCGUGAAUGAACGGAGCAGUAGGCAUGUCAUCGGAGACCUGAUUUCUGUCUAUCACUGGUGCUGGCAAGUUGUACGGGAAACGAUUAAGUAAUGUAAUUAAUUAGUUUGUCUGCGUCUCAUUAGAUUAGAUGGAGGGGGCGGGGUUUGUGACCUAUACUGAGUCCAGCCGCCUGGAGGCGCUCGAGUAGGGCUGGGAAUCGAUUCCGAGGCGUUGGGAAUAGAGAGUCGAUUCCAACCCCAUCAAGAGGAAUCGACUCCUUAUUCAGAGCCUUUUUCAGUUCAACAAAGCUUAUCUAUGGGUGCCUCUCAAAUGGAAGGCUGCACACAUUUAAAUUCACGAAAAUAAACUGAAAGAAAACGAGUCGGUACUGAGAUCAUCAGAAUUUGAGGCUUCUGUUUGAGAAGCACCAUUCGCCUCCCUCAUGCUCGAUAAAAUCCGUAAUUACGAGAGUUGUGAGAUAAAAGAUCAUUCUUUUUAUGUAUAAAAGAUCUAUUUCAUUUUUAUGUUUUUAUUGCCCUUCGCCUCAUGCUCGCUUAAAGUGAUUAGAAGUCUCAUUCGUUUCCACGAAAAGGUUCUUUCGGAUAGAUAUUUUUAAUGAGUCAGUUCAAAAAAAACAAAAAAACACCGAAUCAGAGGUUAUUUUACGGUGGAUCUGGCUUAUGUUGUCCACAAUUUUGAGCGCUGCACGACAGAAUAGAUUGAGGGUCUUGAUCUUAUUUCCAUCAAAAAUACUAUUUUUUAUUUCUAUCAGCCAAUGAUAAUUCUAAAAGAAAAUGUCACGAUCAGUGGCCGAGAGCGCAUCUGAUUGACAGAUAAACCACGAGCUCUUUCAGUGUUAUUUUUAAUGUUCUGGUUAUUUUGUUUGUUAAUUUUAAUUUUUUAAACAGUGAGCUAUGACUAAUUUCACGGGCAAAGCAGACAAAAUUACAAUUUAAAAAUCAAUCAGAGCUAUAAAAAUGUAUAGUCAUUUUUUUACAAAUAAAGCUUCAUAUUAUGAGAAGGAUACUUUCUACGACCUUUAUAUCCUGCAGUCAUGGCGAGAUUAGGUUCCUUCAAUCUAAAAAAACAAGAAUCGAAAACAACAGAGGAAUCAAUUCUUGGAAUCGAAUCCCAUCGAUUCCAGAACCAGGAGUCGGAAUCGGACUUGAUUCCAAAAAUUUCGGAAUCUUACAGCCCUACGCUCGAGACACUCUGCUUCACUCUGCAGCGCUCGUGAGGAUCACUCGGUGUGCGCAUGCUCGAGUGACAGAGCUGUACAGUGAGGAAAUUCAUGUUCAGUGAAACCCACAACAAUCACACACUCAGCUAUACAGCAAUAAAUGCUGGAAUAUUCCCAUCAGUUUACGAGUGAAGACGAGCAUCAGAGCAUCAGGAAGAGCUGAAAUCUGCAGAGACUGAGUUUAUUAAAGAGGACAGAGAGAAGAUGAGAGAUCCAGAACCCUGCAGAAUCAAACACACUGAAGAUACUGAACAACAAACAGAGUUCAUUGAAGAUAAUGAGGACAAAGACGAAUUGAGUGAAGUUGAGGAGAAAAAUCAUGUCAGAAGUAUAGAAAAACCCAAACAGAAAGAUUUAAAGAAAAGAAGGGCCAAAAAAUCUUUCACCUGCACUCAGUGUGGAACAAGUUUCACAUACAAACAACAUCUCGAGCUUCAUAUUAGAGUUCAUACUGGAGAGAAACCAUUCACUUGUGAUCAGUGCGGGAAGAGUUUCACACGAUCAGCACACCUUAAGGAUCACAUGAACAUCCACACUAGAGAGAAACUGCACACAUGUGAUCAAUGCGGCAAAACAUUUUUGAGAGCUUCAUACCUGAAGAAACACCUGAGAGUUCAUACAAAGGAGAAGCCACAUUCAUGUCAUUUGUGUGGAAAGAGUUUUUCGCAGCCAGACCAUUUAAAAGAACAUCAGAAAAUACAUACUGGUGUGGGAGAGUACAUGUGCUUUGAGUGUGAAAAGACUUUUAUUUCAGAGAAAUAUUUAAAACAGCACCAGAGGAUUCACACUGGAGAAAAACCUUACAAGUGUUCACACUGCGACAAGAGAUUCAGUGUGUCAUCAAAUCUGAAAACACAUGAGAUGAUCCACACUGGAGAGAAACUGCACACAUGUGAUCAAUGCGGCAAAACAUUUUUGAGAGCUUCAUACCUGAAGAAACACCUGGGAGUUCAUACAAAGGAGAAGCCACAUUCAUGUCUUUUGUGUGGAAAGAGUUUUUCGCAUCCAGAACAUUUAAAAGAACAUCAGAAAAUGCAUACUGCUGUGGGAGAGUACAUGUGCUUUGAGUGUGAAAAGACUUUUAUUUCAGAGAAAUAUUUAAAACAGCACCAGAGGAUUCACACUGGAGAGAAACCUUAUACAUGUUCACACUGCGACAAGAGAUUCAGUCGGUCCUCAAAUCUGAAAAGACAUGAGGUGAUCCACACUGGAGAGAAACCGCACACAUGUGAUCAGUGCGGGAAGAGUUUCACAAUAAAAGGACACCUUAUGUCACACAUGAGAGUUCACACUGGAGAGAAACUUUUCACUUGUGAUCAGUGCGGGAAGAGUUUCACACAAUCAUCAAGCCUUAAGGAUCACAUGAACAUCCACACUAGAGAGAAACUGUACACAUGUGAUCACUGUGAGAAAACAUUUUUGAGAGCUUCAUACCUGAAGCAGCACCUGACAGUUCAUACAAAGGAGAAGCCACAUUCAUGUCUUUCGUGUGGAAAGAGUUUUUCAUUACUACAUAAUUUGAAAGAACAUCAGAAAAUACAUACUGGUGUGAGAGAGUACAUGUGCUUUGAGUGUGAAAAAACUUUUAUUUCAGCAAAGUGUUUAAAAGUGCAUGAGAGGAUUCACACUGGAGAGAGACCAUACAAGUGUUCACACUGCGACAAGAGAUUCAGUCAGUCAGCAAAUCUGAAAAAACAUGAGAGGAUUCACACUGGAGAGAAACCGCACACAUGUGAUCAAUGCGGGAAGAGUUUUGCAAUAAAAGGACACCUUAUGUCACAUAUGAGAGUUCAUACUGGAGAGAAACCGUUCACUUGUGAUCAGUGCGGGAAGAGUUUCUCACAAUCAUCAACCCUUAAGCAUCACAUGGACAUCCACACUAGCGAAAAACCAUUAAAACCUUACAGAUAUCCAUCCAUACUUAUAAGUCAGUAGGAAAGAGAUCCAGCUCAUUAGUUUUCACUUUUACUUAGCUAAUUUUUGUAGUUACCGAUUAAAUGUUGAUUAAAUGUAAUUAUUGAUCAAAUGUUACCUUUUUUAUUAAUACAUUGUUAUCUUUACUUUUUAUAUUUUAUCAACAAUUUGUAUUGUCUGCUGUUUGUAUUUAAAUCAGGAAAAAGUAAUUUUAUAAUUUUAGUUUUAAUAUCUAAAACCAAAAAGUAUUAUAAUAGCUUUUUGGGCUUUUAAGUUUCUCAAUAAAGCUUUUAUUUUCCUAAUAAACUAUAUUUUACUCCA